ACAGUUGUGAUCAUAGAUAAAGUUGUGAUGGUUGUGAUUUUGUUGUCGUGUGGUGGGUUGUACGCAUUGUAACUAUGCAUUGUACGUCAAACGCCAUGCAGGAUUACGCAUGUGAUAGUGUAAUAUAUGCAAGAAUAAUCCAGUAAUGGACUGUGUAUUGCAUGAGAGUUUUUACAACACUUCCGAACCAGAAAUCACAUGGAAUGAUGUUAAGGAUCGACCAUUGUUCGAUAAAAAAAAUAAAGUGUUGCCGUGUGAUAUUUUUUCGCAAAUAGUUUUAUUUACAUUAAUGCAAGUAUGACAAAUAGUUAAUAAUAAAAAAACACGACCGUAGUAGAAGGAAUUGAUUAAUCGAACGAUGAUAAAGUUCUACUAUUAUGUUUCCUGUGUUGUGUUUCACGUGUCUUUUGGACAUUACACACAUCAGUGGGCUGUUCAUGUACUCGGAGGAAAAGAAGUAGCCGACAAAUUAGCACAAGAUCAUGGAUUUAGAAAUUUAGGAGAGAUUUUUCCUGACUACUAUCACUUUGAACAUCCGAAGAUGACUAAACGAUCUCUCGGACCUGACAUACAGAGAAAGACUUCGUUAAGUGUAGAUACUCGAGUUCUUUGGGCCGAACAACAAGUAGCUAAAAAAAGAAUUAAAAGAGAUUAUAAACUUCAGGACUCUGACCCACGUUGGCCGAACAUGUGGUAUUUGAAUCGUGGCAAUGGUCUAGAUAUGAAUGUCAUUCCAGCCUGGUUAGAUGGUAUUACUGGAAAAGGAGCAGUUGUAACUAUUUUAGACGAUGGUUUAGAAAAGGACCAUCCAGACUUGAGUCAAAAUUAUGAUCCUAUGGCAUCCUACGAUGUAAAUGAUCAAGAUUCUGAUCCUAGUCCUCGAUAUGACAUGAUCGACUCCAAUAGGCAUGGAACAAGAUGUGCUGGUGAAGUGGCUGCUGUAAGUAAUAAUUCAAUUUGCGCUCUUGGAGUGGCACAUGGUGCUCAAGUAGGAGGAGUCAGGAUGCUAGAUGGAGAUGUUACCGAUGCCGUAGAAGCUAGAUCGCUUAGUUAUAAUCCACAACACAUUGAUAUUUAUAGUGCUUCUUGGGGACCUGAUGAUGACGGGAAAACAGUCGAUGGACCUGGUGAAUUUGCCACAAGAGCCUUCAUGGAAGGAGUAACAAAGGGUCGCAAUGGCAAGGGGUCAAUAUUUGUUUGGGCAUCUGGAAAUGGCGGUAGAGACCACGACAAUUGUAAUUGUGACGGAUAUACGAACUCUAUUUAUACUCUUUCAAUAUCCAGUGCUACAGAACAUGGUCAUGUACCUUGGUACAGUGAAGCAUGUAGUUCAACAUUGGCUUCAACGUACAGUAGCGGCGCAGUUGAAGAGAGACAAGUAGUUACCACUGACCUGCAUCAUUCAUGUACUAGUAGUCAUACUGGAACCAGUGCUUCUGCCCCCUUAGCUGCCGGAAUUUGUGCGCUAGCGUUGGAAGCAAACCCAAAUCUUACUUGGCGUGACAUGCAGCACAUAGUUGUUCGAACUGCACGACCUCAAAAUCUUAUUGCAUCUGAUUGGAAAAUUAAUGGGGUUGGAAGAAACGUAUCCCAUAGUUUUGGUUAUGGUCUAAUGGAUGCUUAUGCCAUGGUUCAACUAGCAAAACGAUGGAUUACUGUACCUGAACAACUUAAGUGUGAAAAAAGCGCGCCGCAUGGUCAAAAGAUAAUACCUGCUAAGAGUGUCGUUAAAUUGCAACUUGAAGUGAAGGAAUGUGAGGGUAUUAAACUUUUAGAGCACGUUCAAGCUAAACUUACCAUUAUCUCUCAAAGACGAGGAGAUCUCAGGAUUCAAUUGAUUUCUCCUAUGGGUACCAGGGUAAUGUUAUUAGCACACAGAGCUAAUGAUAUGUCUAAAGCUGGUUUUAAUCAUUGGCCUUUUAUGUCAGUUCAUUCCUGGGGAGAAUCACCUCUGGGAAUUUGGCAGCUGGAAAUACACAAUGAUGACCGAUUGUUAGAUGCAGAAGUGCGUGCAUGGGAUUUGAUAUUAUAUGGGACAGCAACUGCUAUAGCUAUUGAUAACAAAAAUACAAAUGCAAAACCCUCUACUACCGAAACAUUUGAGCACAAUUCAAUAGAUGAAUUCAAUGAAAGAAUUGAGAUGAAAAAAAAUACCACAAAUGUUGAACACAGCGUUAGCAUGGUAGCAUCAUCAUCAUCAGAUUGUGUAAAAUCAAAUGGACGUUUUUGUUUAGAGUGUUCGUUAGAAUAUGUGUUACAUAAGGGAAAAUGUUUGGAGAGAUGUCCGAAUCAAUUUUAUUCAAGCGCAUUAGAAAUGAGUAAUGGGGCAAAUAAAAAUUAUGAAAAGGUAAGUGAAAGAGGCCGUGUUUGUUUACCUUGUCAUUAUACAUGUAAAAUGUGUGUGGGUUCAAACGAUUAUCAAUGCGUACAAUGCUUCCCUGAUGCAACUUUAGUCAAUAUUAGUAACUGGGAGUCUUAUUGUUACUCAUCACGUAUAAUAGGAAACAUUACCGCUCAGAAAUGGUAUUUCAGAGUAUAUAUUUUAUUGUGGAUAAUAUUAAGUGGACUACUUAUUGUAAUUAUAUAUUUUUUAAUACCAAAACGUAAAGAACGUAUUGAUUUUGAUGUGAUAGAAAAUAUUAGAGGUAUGGAAAAACAUGUCAAAAGUGCAGUGUACAGUGACAGCGAUGGUGAAUAAUAUUAAACAUAUAUGUAGAAUCUUUCUGUAAAUAAUUUUUAAUCGAACCCAUAAAUGUAUUUUAAUUAUC